AUGGCUAUGAAAAAUUAUUACGACAAAUCUCACAUGCGGAAAUGGCUCAACCCAGGCGGCUUUGUCUACCUCAAACUAGGCCACGGGUACAAUAUCAAAGCCAACCAAGGCUUGCUAAAGAAGCUGGCCCGAAAUCUCAUGGGAAAAGUCAAGGUCCUUGAGCGCGUGGGCCACACAGCCAUGAAUACUCCGAGCAUUUCAUUUCUAUAG